GCAUGUCUCUGGCAGUGCGGUCAGUCCGGAAUUGGACAAAGCCGCUCGUAUUAAAUAAUAUACUUUUUUUAACCAACCGUCUGUUUUUGUUUAUAUGAGGUUGUCGGUAAAUCUUCCGCCGUCUCGGUGAAAAUAUUUUCUGUCAUCAUGAAUCUCGGAGAUGGCCUGCUGUUUGAACUUGAAAAUGGGAAACCCAGGCUGAUUUUACUCAGUCAUGGCGUUGAAAAGAAUCCAGCAAAGCAGCUGUCCUUCAGGCCCAGAGCGGCUAACAUCCUGAGCUCCAGACAGCCCGCCUGUGUGGAGGAGGUGCAGGGAGAGGAGCGUCCCGCCCGACAGCAGGCACUGAGACACAGAGAGGCCAGGAGCAAGGCAGGGGGAGCGGCCACCUCCUUCAACUCCAACGCCGCCACUACCACUGGAGGGAGGAGCACCACUUUGAUAUCAUCCAAGACAAAUGAGCAUCAGAAUGGAGGCGGCACCAAAGCUGUGACUAAGGUGAAAUCAGACAGACACAAACACAGCUCCACUGUUGGAUCGGUGAGAGCCAAUGGGAAAACAGGGCAGCCUCAGAACAGUGGGACUGGUGGAAAGGUGGGGUUAAAGGACACACUGGCCAGUGGGGACGCUGGACUGAAGGACAGCAUGGUAGUUCUGACCAGAGAGCAGCUACAGCAGAUCCUCAACACCGUCCAGGCCUCUAGCAAUGGCCAACAACCGCGCUCACAAUUUGACACCUCCAUGAAUGAAGGAGGAGAGAGAGAGAUGGAGGAAGACAAAGGAGGAGGAGGGGAAGAAAUAAAGAAAGGAGAAGGUGAUGGAGGAGUAACUAAUACAACUGAAGCCUCUCAGGAUAAAGACAACAGGUUGUCUGGAUGUUUGUUCAGCUGGCUGGAGGAGCGACAGUCUGACAGCAGAUCGGCCAUCGAUGCCAAGAAGGCUCAGUGGAGGAGAGAACUCGACGAACAGGUGGCACUGAAGCAGCAGCAGCGUUCAGCCCCUGGCAGACUCCAGGCUGAAGAGGACACAGAGAGCGUGUUAUCAGUGCAGAGCUGCGUCAGCCACAGAGAGCAGCCUGCAGCCAUCAGAUCCAGCCUCAAACUCGGGGAGGUCACACCAAUGGAGGAAGUGCUGAGUGUUGAGAAGCGAGAGGAGCAGAGGAGGCGUUGGCUGGAGGAGCUGGACCGACAGAGGGAGGAGACGACUGAACGCAGGAGACGAGAGAAACUGCUACAGAGCCAGACAGAAGACCACGAGCUCUGGGCCACACACUUUGACUCGCUGCAGAGGAGGCCUCCUACUCACAUUGCAGCUCCAUCAGCUCUACCUCCAGCCCCACCAAGUCGAUCUGAGCGAGGGGAGUGGGAGCCCUCAUCCAGCCUGUCCCUAGUCUGGGACGCCACCAGCAGCUGUGGAGCAGAAAGUGUGGGAGGGGCCAGCGUGGAUACGACCGGCGGAUACCCGUGCAGAGCCAGCUAUCUGAGGACCAUGACAGCCCUGCUGGACCCUGCCCAGAUAGAGGAGAGAGAGAGGAGGAGGCUCAAACAGCUGGAGCAGCAGCAAGCGAUUGAAGCCCAGGUGGAGGAGCGCCGGCGGCAGAGGGAGCGAGAGGAGGCGAGGAGGAGGGAGGAGGAGGAAGAGGAGGAGAGGAGGGUGGCGCUGGAGAGGGAGAUGCUGCAGAGACAGUACGAGCUGGACACUCUGAGGGAGAGGCAGAAGGCAGAGCAGCCAAAGAAAAACCAUGAUGAUGAAAGAUUGAAGGAGACGCUGGAGCCUGUCGCAGUUACCACAGAAGCUGAGCGUUUGGAGGAGGACGUCAACAGUUCAGUCUCCCCAUACAAAGACACUGGUGUACAGACGGAAGCAGCUCCUUCUCUCCCUGAAGCCUCUGCACAGAACCAGCCACCUCCUCCUCUGUCUGCAGCUCCUCCAAACAGCAGGAACCGAGCAGCGAGAACAGGCAAGGAGAACAUCUGUCUGCCAGGAGGAAGAGGAGGUGGAAGAGGAGUAGGAGGUGGAGGAGGAGACCCAUAUGAAGCUUUUGCCCGGACAGAGAGGAGCAGGAGAGACAAGAGGAGGCCUGAGUGGAACACACAGAGGCCCAGCCGUCAGUUCGUUCCAGCCUCGGAGCGAUACCCAGCCGCUCUGCAGAGGAACAGACAGGAGAGUCGGCUGAAGAGGCAGGCCGAGCUCCUCGCCCUGCAGGAGAGGACCUGUCUGUCCAGGACUGGCCCUCCUCCUCCUUCUCAGCAGUCAACCAGUCCUAACAGAAAGGUGGAGACUGUGUCCAAAGGACAGAGCAUGUCUACAGUCAUCAACAGUGAAAGGGGGCGCUCUCCUCCCAUCCCAGCUGUCAGGCACAGAGUGCAGUGUCAGCAGGCCUCCACAUCUCUACCUCCUCUGGCCCUGGAGUUCAUUCCUUACGUCCGAACUGAUGAAGUCUUCAACCUGGACCCGCUGGAGCCAGCUGAUACCCCCCCACCUGAUGCACACACAGAAGCCCCUCCUCAGAGGUCAGCGUCUCCUCCUGCUCCCUCACAUCGAGACCCCCUCCUCCACCCUGAGCUGCUCCGUAAAACACACACACACCGUCAGCAGGAGAUCCUGAGAGGCCUGGCUCAGCUACGGCAGGGUUUAUUACAGAAGCAGAGGGAGUUGGAAACAGACCUGAACCCUCUACUGAAGCGACAUGACAACGAGCUUGGGACGCCAUCUGCAACGCACCGCAUGUGACCUCUGACCUCUGACACAGCUGGGUGCUUUGUAUGUGCGCUGACGGUGAUCGGUGACACCACAGUGUUUGAAUCAGAGUCCGUAAAGAGCAUUUAACAGAAAACCUUCACUCUGCGUUUUCUGAAGUUCACUGGAUUUAAUCCAGUCGUCCAGCAGCUUUGGGAACUGGACGUCGGAUGUGCCACAACGUGGAGCUGUUUACUUCAUCUGAGCUGAAAAAUCAAUAAACAGGCUGCAGCAGAUUUUUGGGAGUUUUCAAAGCAAAACUGAUGUAACUGUGUCAAUGAAUUUAACUUUCACGACGUGAAAGAAAUCAGGACUGGAUGAGCAACAUUUUACGUGAAGAUUGUAUUUUAUAAGUUUUGUUUCUAUGCACUUUCCAUGAGAAUGACAGUGUACCAGACAGGUAUUGAGUUUUAGCUUUUCUUUUCCUGGGCUGUGUUUGCAGCAGAGGAGGCACCACACUCCUCCUCUCCUUCCUGCAGCGAAACGGAGUCGACUUAUUUUUUUUGUUGUUUCUUUAGCUUCCUGCUGGACGAGGAGCUUAAUGUUUCAGUUUAUGCUUCUGUGUUGUGUAGUUUUUAUUCAGGUUUUAUUGUUAGUGUUUUUUAUUUAUUGUAAAUGUAAUAAAUUACAUAAAGUGUGA